AUGUUCUCACUAUCCCCACCAACUCUACCACCACAGCCGAGCAAUUUCUUCGUCGCGAGCCGACCUCGAUUCCACCAUCAGACGCUUCAGACGCCGUCGCCACUUCGGACGUCGAGAAAUGCGAAUUUGAACUUGAUGCCCAAAUCCAGCACGGCGGCUGCGGACAAUGAGUCACAAUAUUCGCAUUCGUCUCCGUUGAGGAGUUCUUCGCCGUUCGGACCGGGCCCGCUUGGGGCUGAGGACCAGCUGUCGAAUGCAUACAACCAUGAGAAUGGGAAUGAGAAGGAGAAUGCGAUCGCGAAGGAAACAGAGAAGCGAGAUGUGAACACUGCAACCGGCGCUGUCUGGCAGAAGCAGAAGACAAAAACACCCGAUGCAAAGGUGAAGGAAUCUGCUGCCAGUGCGGUUUUCAUGACGCCGCCCGAGUCAGGCAAAGGUUCUUGCUUCAGGUCGAUCUCGAACGUGCAGGACUCACGGUUCGCGCAGACUGGAGUGUCGUUGCCACAACUUUCUCCGAGCACGUUUCGGUUCGAACCACAGACCGCGGUUUCAGAUCGCCAGACGUCUAACGGGUGGGAACAUCGCUCUCGGGAUGCCAGUCCCGCAGCCGCAUUGGCCCGACGUGCCGCUCAAGGAAGGGAAACUAAGAAGACGCAGUUCCUCGACCGCAUUCGACGCCGGCGCGACGAUUCCCGCACAGAAAUGUACGGCGAUCAAGUCCUUCGCAUGGAUUUCGUGAGAGAGCGAAGACAGUGGGAGGACGAGAUGAAUCGACGGGCUAGGAUGGAGGUGGAGGCGGGCAUUGCAUGGACGGGCGAAGAGGACGAUCUGGAUGCAGAUAUGCAAGACACUCAAACAGCCACGACGAAGCCACGGUGGCCAACGGCAGAUCAUGAGUUCGGUCAAGAUCAAGGGGACCCAGAAGCAGAGAUGUCGCCCACCGAGGAGUAUAACGUGGAUGAUGCGCUGGUCGAGUAUUAUGCGGACACCAUGCACGACCAAGGCGCAGAAGCAGAAUCUGUUCCUGCAGGCCGCGGUGCCGACGAUGAUUACCUGAUCGACGACGACGAUGAAGAGUAUGAUCGCUUGUUCAGGGAGAUGAUUGCCCAGAAUCAGGUUCGGAUCUUGACGCAGUCCUUGCGCGACCAGGUCCAGGAUCAGGUCCAGCAGCAGAUGGAGGGUGGCCAACACGAACAGCAGAGUCGGGAACAGAACGAGUCGAGCAUGGAUUGGUCCUGA